AUGGCUCUCGUUACCCGACUGUUCGUGCACCGGCACUCCAAGACGGCCAAGCAGGACGUCAUCUACACCGUCGACGGCGACAACAGCGAAUCCGACCCGGCGCCUCGCAGAUCCAGCUCGUGGAAACAGCUGUUCGCACCAAAGCAGAAGGAUGGCAAUUCGAAAUGGGUGCCGACGCUGUCAGGAAUCAUCAAAGCCGGGGACGAGGGCCUAUGGACCUCAUCCCUGUUCACGCACCCGCAUGGGCAACCCGGGGAGGUUUCAUUCGAGGCAAUCUGCGAAAUGUUCGCCGGCGAGCUGCGGCCGCGAUCAGUGACGGAGCGAUCUGCGUACGCUGGGGAAAUUGGCAGGUUCAUCAAUGCGGCGAAGCGCGGUGCGGUCAGCCCCAGGAGGGUGCAGUCGGUGUCUUACAAGGGAGGGCGCGACGUAGCGCCGCCAGCGCAGAGGAAGAGCUUGGACAUGUCCAGCAUCGAGAGGGGCCUUGGAAGAAGUCUCUCCAUCAAAAGGCCGGCGCCAGCGCUGGUUCCCAUGGGCAACGGACUGGUCGAGCAGGAUAGCAGCGCCGCUGCCCAACAUGCGUGGAUGAAGGAUGGACGACCAGCAGAGUAUCACAAUGGCCGCAUGGGCGUGCGGCUCACACGUGGAGAAGUCGCGGCCCUGUCGUUGAUACUGGGCAGCGCCAUCACACGGACCUCUAGCGAGGGUGAAGCCAGCGCUGCGUCAGCCGACAAGGGCGCGUUUGGUCUCUCGAUACAAGUCACCCGGACAGACGACGGCAGGCACCUGGUGUCGCUCCGGCAGCACAAGCGCAGCGUCUCGCAGAUGCCGCCGAGCAGCGCUGGCCACUCGCCACUCUUCGCCAAGCACCUGGCCUGCGGCUCGCUACCCUUCUCCCAGGACAGCACGGCAAUCAACAGCCUGCUCAUCACCAACGAGACCCUCGACGCGGUGCGCUCCGGCCUGCCUCUGACACUGCGCAAACGAGCCCAGCAAAGCGCACAGGUACAGUUCCUCGCCACGCUGCCCAGCUCGCGCACCCUCGCCCUGCACACCCUCACCCCGAGCACAACCCCGAGCGCGCCAAACCCACUCAUCGACGCAAUCGCCCACCUCCCCUUCAGCGGCGGCCUCACGCCCCUCGCGUCAGCCCCGCUGAUGGCAGCAACGCACUUCAUCGCCGGCGGCGGCCUCGCGCCAGGCCGACUACUACAGCGCCUCGACGCGCUGGUGGACAAAGUGCAGCGCCACGCUCCCACGCCCAACGUGUUCGGCGCCCUCCACGAGCCGCAGAACGCGGGCCUUUUGUUCCGCGAGCGCGAGCGCGUGGCCCGGCUCAACGGCUCGGGCGAGUCGCUGUGCGAUGCCACGGCCAGAGUGAGACGGCACGCAGCGCUGCUGCAGCGCCUCGUCGCGCUUGUCCCGGACGGCGGCCGGCGCGUCGGCGCUGCUGUGCGGACUGCGACGGCGAACGAGCUGCGGACCGCGCACGCGGAUGCCGUGGCGGCGUAUGCAUGCGCAGCGCAGACGGCCGCCCUCAACGGCUCCGCGAGCAGGAGCAGUCUCGGCAGCGGGUCGAACGCGACGCUGGGCUCGGGCCCGGCAGCGCUGCCCGCGCGCGAUCUGGGCAAGCUGACUGAGCGGCUGCUCAAGGCGCAGCUGCCGUUUGGCGUGGACACGGUGGCGGUUGUGGCGCGGUUGGUGCUUGUGGCGUGGACGAUGAGUGCGCGGGGUGUGGUGUGGGAGGGGGGUGAGGGGUGGAGGGUCGAAGGCGUGGACGGGGGGGUGUGGGUGUAA